UUUGUGGGCCGUGAGGAGAAGUCAGUCCAGUGGGCUCGCCAGUUAAACCCUUCCUCCUUCUUCCCUUCUUCUUCCCCACAAGGCCCGAACCCUUCCUCGCGCCUCUCCCCCCACCAUGGCCUCCGCCGCCGCCGCCCUCUGCCGGAGCCCCUCACUGCUGAGCCGCCGCCACCUCCUCGUACGCCUCCUCUCCACGCAGACCCAGCUCGCUACCCCACCGACGCCCACCACCCCUGCCGACCUCUCCCGCCUCAAGUCCUCCAUCCGCGACGCGGCCACCAGCCCGGACGCGCUCGCCACCCUCUUCCUCUCGGGCCUCCCGCACCCGGCUUUCCUCGCCGACCGCCCGCUCUUCGCGCUCUCCGUCCACCGCCUCGCCUCCGCGGGCCGCCGCGACCUCGUCGCCUCCGUCCUCUCCUCCUCCCUCACCGCCCUCCCCAGCCCGCACCCCUCCGAGGGCUUCCUCCUCCGCCUCAUCUCCCUAUACUCCGCCGCGGGCAUGCCCGACCACUCCCUCACCGUCUUCCGCCUCGUCAACCCGCCCUCCGACCGCGCCCUCUCCGCGCUCCUCUCCACCUACCACGACAAUCGCCUCUACGACCGCGCCGUCCGGGCCUUCAACACUCUCCCCGCCGAGCUCGGUAUCAAACCGGGACUCGUCUCCCACAACGUCCUCCUCAAGGCCCUCGUCGCCAGCGGGGACAUCGCCGCCGCACGCUCGGCGUUCGACAAAAUGCCUGACACGGCUGGCGUCCAGCCGGACAUCGUCUCUUGCAACGAGAUCCUCAAGGGCUACCUCAGCACUGGCGACGAUGCGGCCUUCGAUCAGCUAGUUAAGGAGAUCGCUGGACCCAAUAGGAGGCUCAAGCCCAAUGUCGGGACAUACAAUCUCCGGAUGGCCAUGCUGUGCUCCAAAGAGAGGAGCUUUGAAGCUGAAGAGCUGCUGGAUGCCAUGGGGGCAAAUGGCGUCCCGCCCAACCGUGCAAGCUUCAACACGGUCAUCAAGGGGCUCUGCAACGAGGGGGAGGUGGGUGCUGCCAUGGCUCUCUUCAAGAGGAUGCCCGAGGUGCCCAGGCAGAAAGGCAAAGGGGUCUCCCCCAACUUUGAGACCUACAUCAUGCUGCUCGAGGCCCUUGUCAACAAGAAUUUGUUUGAUCCUGCCCUGGAGGUCUGCAAGGAGUGCCUGCACAACAAGUGGGCACCGCCGUUCCAAGCUGUCAAAGGUUUGGUUGAGAGUUUGCUCAAGAGCAGGAAGGCCAAGCACGCGAGGGAGGUUCUCAUGGCCAUGAGAAAGGCUGUCAAGGGUGACGCCAAACAGGAGUGGACAAAGGUCGAGGCUCAGUUCCCGAUGUUGCUUGCUGACAAGAAAGCCUAACGACCAGGAUGUGGGAUCUAUGUAUGCAAUAGCUGGACCUGGCCCAACAGAUCACCAUUUUACAGCCGACUUCUGUUAUUGCUCAAAAUGGUUUAUUUUAGAUGAGAUUUGCAUUUUCAAUUAAUGGGAUGGGUGACUGUCGAUGGUUAGUCAUUCAGUCAUGUCAUGUAUGCUGAGUUAUGACACAAAAUGCUUCUCAUCCAGGCAUGCAGAUUCGUGUUUUUUUUUUUCAAAUUCAUUUUAUAUUCUAAGUUCCAUGAACUCAGAAUGCAUGCCAUAUAUCUUUGGUAGUCACAUGUUAUCAAGAUGAGGGCAAGGAGCAACUAUUUUCUUGACUUUUUGCAAAGAGAAAAUAAGCUAAUUAUUAUGGUUAA